CUCCUAACCACGUCCUCACAUCACUGCCUCGAGCGUGCAUAUAGCCUCGCGCAUCACUCCUUGCUGACUGACAGCUUUCCAUCCUUUGCUUGGACGGCCGCUCGUGCCUCUUGUGGCGCAGUGGCAGCCAUGUCCUCCUCCGCAGCCGCCUCCUCAUCCUCCUCCCCGCCGCCCACGAUCGGCCCCUUCACCAUUGGCAGAGAGAUAGGCAAAGGCUCCUUUGCCGUUGUACAUCGAGGCCACUCUGAUGCCCAAGAUGGCGGCCGCAGGCGACCAGUAGCGAUCAAAAUCGUCACUCGACGCAAGCUGACGCAGAAGUUGCUCGACAACCUCGAAGGCGAGAUCGCCAUUCUCAAGACUGUCAGCCACCCAAAUAUAGUCGAGCUCAUCGACUGCCUCAAGACGGAUUCGCACAUCUACCUCGUCAUGCACUUCAGCGCCGGCGGCGACUUGUCGCAGUACAUCCGCAAAAAGGGUCAGCUAGCCAACUUAGACGAUCAUGAGCCUGCUUCCUCGCUCACCAUGUCCAAGUCCUUUCUGGAUGCGACGAAGCGGUGGCCACAUCCGAGCGACGGCGGCCUCAACGAUGCCGUGGUACGCAGCUUCUUGGAGCAAUUGGCAAGCGCUAUGCAGUUCAUGCGACAGCGCAACAUCGUUCAUCGGGAUAUCAAGCCGCAAAAUCUCCUCCUUCAACCACCGGAUGCAGCAUGCCUCGCCACAGGCCAUCCGGCGGGCAUCCCGCAAAUGAAGGUCGCAGACUUUGGCUUUGCACGCUCCCUUCCUGCUGCAUCACUCGCCGAGACACUCUGCGGCUCGCCACUGUACAUGGCGCCAGAAAUCUUGCGCUACGAAAAGUACGAUGCUAAGGCCGACUUGUGGUCCAUCGGCGCUGUGACCUUCGAGAUGGUCGUUGGAAAGCCGCCGUUCCGUGCAAGCAACCACGUCGAGCUCCUCAGACGGAUCGAGCGUAACGAUGAUCGGAUACGUUUCCCAGAUGAGCGCAGCGAGACGACUUGGUUGCGGGAGGUGGAGAAAAGACGAGAUGCGGGUGAAGUGGUGUCUGCCGAAGAAGAGAAGCGUGGGCCCACGCCCGUGGCCGAUGACCUCAAGACGCUGAUCAGGGGCUUACUCAAGCGUGUUCCAGUGGAGAGGCUAAGCUUCGAUGACUUCUUUGCGUCGCCGGUCAUUGUCGGGGCAAGACCAGCUGUUGUCAAGGGAGCGGCAAGCAAUACAGACUCAUCAACAAUCGUACCACCGGCACCUGUCUCACCACCGAGGCCAACACCUGGACCAACUCUCCCACUCCAGCCCGCAUCCUCGACUCGUGUUCAGGCGCCGCCCCCUCUCCCACCAAUGCCGCCUCUACCCAAGUUUCCGCCCAAGUACAUACUGUCGAGGGGAGAGUCGAGCUCGACGACGCCGACAAAAGCGUCGACAACACGGCCCGCCACCACCGAGCAUGCUGCCUCCCCGUCACCUUCUCCCUCCCCUUCAUUCGCCUUGCCACCCUCACUCCCCACUGCACCCCCACAGGAAGACUCAGACUCGGACUCGCAAUACGUCAUCGUAGACAAAGGCAACAUCGAUUCGAACGCCCUUGCCGAGGAGCUGAGUCGCUCGCCUUCCUCAGUGCCAGCCGCGAGGAGUCCGCUGUCAGCACAAGCACAGGGUGCAGUCAGCGCUGCUGCUCGACUAGCGCGGCGGCCAUCGAGAUUGACGAAGCUCAGCUCGGGGUUCAGUGCGGCAGUGGGCGUCACUGGUUCGUCGCCUGCAUUUGCGAGUGCACACUCACCUACAUCACCGUCGCCUAGGUCGACCACUUUGACCCCCAAUUCGCCCAGACCAACACUCACGCCUCUGCCUGUGGCGGGCGCAGGGUCACCAACACCCUCAGCGCCCUCUGCUCUCUCCACCUCACCGUCCGCGCCCUUUGCCCUCCCUCCUGGCGUGAGAAGGCAGUCCUUCAUAGGUCGGCGAGUCUCGUCAAGCUCAUUCGGUGCAGACCAAGAGAAGCAACAUCAACAGGCUACGCCGCCCUCCUCUUACCCGACGACGCCUGCUUCAGCUCCAGCGCCGCCACCGCCCAGCUCGGCACUUGCGCGUGCCCUCACGCAGGCAAGCCAAGCAAGUCAAAAGCUCUUCGGCAUCCCAAGCGGGACGAGCUUGCUAGGUGCCCUUGCACAUGUGCGGGGAGGGAGUCCAGCGAUUGUUGCAGGCUCCGCAGGACAGGCAACAGCGAGCGGAGCUGCCACCUCGGCCGGUGCGAUGCCCACUCAGGCAACUACCAAUGCGGGCGAAGAGAACAUCGCAGGUGAUGAUGCCGCCGAGCAAGAAGCGCAACUUCUACUUCGCCUGGACGACCUUGGCCAAAAAGCCUACGUGUUGUGCGAAUUUGCCGACUCCAAGAUGUGCAGUGCUUUUGGUGAUGCUUGGAGCAAUGCGGGCACGAUUGCUGCAACUGUAGGAAGCGCUUCUGCGUCGGCGAGUUCGCUCCAGGACUCACAGAGACAAUACCGCAGCCCUUCCUUUACGGGCACCACCAUUGGCACGGCGGUCGCUUCCCCUCCGCAGUACGACGAUGCGUUGCUGGGCAUGAUUGCGGCUGAAGCUUUGCAGGUGUACGUGAAAUCCCUUGGCUUCUUGCAAGCCGGUAUCGAGGCUGUCAGGGCACACUUGUCCGUCACUCCCGCAUCAGCUGCAGCAUCACCACGGUCGGUGGGGGCCAGCAGCAUAGUCGCCCCUGAGAUCAAUGAAGCGGUUCACUACCUCCGCAAGAGGUUCGCAGAGACAAUGGAGCGGGCCGAGUCCGUUCGCAACAAGAUGAAGACGCUCCAAUUGCGAUCUGCAGGAGCAGGAGCAGCUGGUGGACAGCUAGCGUCGCCCGUCAACGUGGACAAGAUCAUCUACGAUAAAGCCAUGCAGCUCGCUCGGGCUGCAGCAAUCGACGAGUUGGAGCACCAGAGCCCGGCAGUGGCGCCUAGCGCUGUCAAUAUCAGUGGGAGCCCAAGUGGAACGCCCACUGCUGCUGGCAGCGCUUCCUCCGCGUCCCCUUCUUCAUCUACGUGGGACGUGCAUGCGUGCUUGUUGGCAUACGAGACCGCUGAGGUCAUGUUGGGGACUCUGAUUGAGGGCGCUGAAGGGGGUGGAACAAGUCUGACAGUUCAGCCCUUCAUUCGAUCUAUCGGACAUAGAUGCCAGAUACUGAGGGCGAGGGUGCUUGGUGGCGGUGAGGGAACAGCGGCGGCAAGUUCAGGAUCGGGCACUCCCGCCGGGAUCAGGGCGCCUCAGCAGGCUGUAGUAGUGUAGAAACCGCCGCCCAUGGGCGAGUCAGU